GUUCUCACGAUAGGAUCUUUCUUGUGAAGUACUACAGACACGAAUUUAUUGGAGUCGUUGGCUGUAGAUUUCAGAGUGCGACUCUCCCGGAUUUGGCCGUGGCGGAGAGUGAGGGUUCUGGAGGAGCGGUAGGCGUAAGCCUCACCGUGAGUAGCAAGGUAUACCCCAGGCCGGGGGCGGCGCGCGGCGUAUGGGCUCUGCCGCAGCCGCCCCCCUGUACCAUGGCAGCAGAAGAAGCCCUACCGCCCUGCUCACCAAUGUCCCCUGAUGCUCCAACCACCCAGCCCCGCAUCACGACCAAUCUCACCCACCACUCCGACUUUCAGCAGCUUAUUUUUGAAGCCGUACGAUCAGGCGAAGUUUCGGAAAUCGAGCGCUUAGUUGAGAAAUUAGGCGUUGAAAUAUUGAAUGCUCGGGACCAGCAUGGCUACACACCAGCUCACUGGGCGGCUUUGGACGGUAGUGUGGCUGUGAUGAGAUAUCUGGUAGAACGCGGGGCUCCUGUAGACCUGUCCUGCUUGGGAACUCAGGGCCCACGACCCAUACAUUGGGCAUGUCGUAAAGGGCACGCCUCUGUGGUCCAAGUAUUGCUGCAGUCGGGAGUCGCUGUUAAUGCUGCAGAUUUUAAAGGUCUGACUCCCUUAAUGACGGCGUGUAUGUACGGAAAAACAGCAACAGCGGCAUAUCUGCUCGGAAUGGGAGCUGCCACGAGGCUGUCCGACAUCAACGGAGACACGGCCCUGCACUGGGCGGCGUACAAAGGUCAUGCAGACCUGGUCCGCCUGUUGAUAUACUCGGGGGUUCCCCUGCACUGCACAGAUAACUUCGGCUCCACACCGCUACACCUGGCUUGUCUCUCAGGCAACCUGACCUGUGUUCGUCUGCUCUGCGAAAAGGUAAAAGCGGAAUUGGAACCUCGUGAUAAGAAUGGCAAGACUCCACUCAUGCUGGCUCAGAGCCAUCGCCACGUAGAAGUCGUGAAGCUGCUGCAAAAGGAAAUGAAACGUAAAUCCCACUGGAUCCCGCCACUUUCUGAACUCUGGGCUUUGUUGUUUGGCGGCGCCGGUGACUCCAAGGGACCUCUACUUUUUUUCCUGGGAUCUGUAUUGCUUUGGGGAUACCCCAUGUACAUAAUGAAAUGCAUUCCCCUUACGUGGAACACAUUGAGGCUAUCUCAUUACUGUUUCCUGUAUUGGAACGCGGUGAUGUGGAUGAGCUGGAUAAUAGCCAACCGUCGGGAUCCGGGAUAUAUCCCGCAGAACUCGGAGACCUACUACAGGGCCAUCCGACAGAUACCGUACUAUGACAAGUGGAAGAAACGGAACGUUAUACUGUCACGUCUGUGUCAUACGUGCCGCUGUUUGAGACCGCUGAGAGCCAAACAUUGCCGCAUCUGCAAGCGCUGCGUGGCCUACUUCGACCACCACUGCCCCUUCAUUUAUAACUGUAUCGGCGUCCGCAACCGCAUGUGGUUCUUCUUGUUUGUGAUGAGUGUCGCCAUCAACUGCUCAAUUUCCGUUUACUUCGCGUGCUACUGCUUCUACCUCGACGGGUUCGGGCUCAUGUACGUCGUGGGCUUGUUGGAGGCGAUCACUUUCUGCGCGCUCGGAUGGAUUCUUACUUGCACCUCGAUAUUACACGCCUGCAUGAACUUGACGACCAAUGAAAUGUUCAAUUACAAGCGAUAUCCAUACCUGCGUGACAAGAGAGGAAGGUACCAGAACCCGUUCUCGAGGGGUCCAUUAAUGAACCUCAUUGAGUUUUUUGUAUGUUUGCCGGACAAAUUCGACGAGCAAGACUUGUUUUACGGUGAACAUAUUUGAUGCGAGGCGUUCUCAGGACGAAAUAUGAUUCUCGGCACGAAGUGCAGUUACACGUGGUCAAUUAAUUUGAUAAAUAAUAAGGAAAUGAAUUUAUGUUUUGACCCUAUCUUAUAGCUUUGGGUUGAAACCAUUCGGAAACCUCACGCGGAAUAGCUUACUAACAAUCAGUUUUAUAUUGUGAAGCUAAAUAAUAAAAUAAAAAAGAUAAGCCUUGGUGCACACAGCUUUUAACAUGAUAUAAAUUUUUAAAGUUAUACUUCUUUAGGCGCGUACUGAAAAAAUUAUGAGAGUGAAAUUUUAAGAUGUGCGCGCAUCACUGUAACACAAAAGUAACAGGGAGAAGUUGGUUCCUAAAAUUUUCUAACGUUUGCAAAUUCGUUUUUUUUUUGGUUUCUUUUUCCAUUAUGAGGAUAGGCAAAGGGUUCAAGUCCGUACAGCCGUAUUCGUUAUUUAAUAAUUAAUUGACAAAGCCAUCGUUGCAAGAUUUUUACAAUAUUGUUCGUUCUACAAUCGUAGAAUAGGACGAGGAAUAAAUAAUUUUAAGGAUUUUUGCUUUGUUAGGCCAAAGAAGUAUAACUUCUUGCGUGGAUACAUAAGUACUCACACAUUUUUUUUUUCUAAGAGAUAAGUUAUGAAGAGCAUCUUUCGUCUCUUGGAAGCUCAGGGGAGAUUUACGAACGCAUUUGCCAGGCCUAUAACUAUAACCGCAAUUGAUUGCUUUCCUAAAGAAAGUCAAAAUAUUAACAUGACAGACAGUCAAACGAUAAUUCACCUGUGAGUGUGAUUAUACCUGUUAACAAAUUUCAAACAACUGAAUAGGUAUUUGGAAACUUAUUUCUAUAGACAUUUUUAAUAUAGCCUGACUUUUGAUCUAUACUAAAGCCGAUAUUUCGAUUUGCUACUAGCAUGAUAAUGUAACUAAAAUGUCGUGGGUACUAGUAGUUAUCUACGGGUUCACAAUAAAACAUUUUAAGCUCCGCGGUAAUACAUGUAUACUGUAAUUUCUACAGAUUUCCAUAAUUAGAACAUACAAUCUACCCCUACUUUCAUUAUUACACUUCUCGAAAAAUUUAUUAGAACGCUAGAAAAAGGUUUGAUUUUUAUUGUUGUAAUUAUUGAGCUUACUGGCCACAAAUAUAAAUAAA